CCGCUAGUUUGUGACGCAGUUGAAUUCAAGCGUUACAACAAAACGCACGUAUACUGAUUUUGAGGCACUCGUAUUUUGGCGUGGGCUGUUUGUUCUUGAGAAGUAGCAACAGAACGAUACACUUGAAUAAAGAAACAUCACGAAACGCGGUUGAGUUUGAACGUCAAAAUAACAAAAUUUAAAAGGUGAAUGAUUCAUUAGAAAGAUGAUGCGUAUCCUCUUGUACUUUACUCUCGCCUGUGUGGCCUUUACAUUUACUGAAGGCAUUGGAAUCAAAGGUAUGUAAACUUGUAGUUUCAAGGUAUUAAUAUUCAUUCACCCAUUUAUUCAAUGUUUUUGACAUUUAAUGAUUUAUACACACAAACCGAGUGUUUCGUCUUAUCUGUCGGCAUUUAUCUGUUUCAAAGAGGAUUAUUAGGCUAUUAUAUGUAUUAUAUUCCCACAAAAAUUGACAAUGGACUCUUAGACCUAGAAAAGCCUGGCUCAUAAAAUAGUGUAAACAAAUUAGCCUCUAGCUAAGAAGGCUCGAAGCUUAAUACGAGUUACGGUAUUUACUACGUAUAGUGUCACUAUAGCUGUAUGUAUAUGACAUAUGUAACAAUUUUUUUCUUCAAUUCGAUAGGGUUUUACUGAGAACUAUCAGAGGGGGUCAAUCAGCAGUUGAAAAAAAACACACAAUGAUUUCAUAAUAAUGUUGUAGUAGUGAGUGGUCUUGUAUUUGGUGGCUAUUAAAUGAAAUUGAGUCUGAAAUAAAUGAAAUGUUAUCAGUGUCUGUAUUUCAAAUUGAGUCAAUUGACCACAAUGACCAGUGUACUGCCUUGUAGCGUGGUUCAUAUUCAAACUUAUAAACAUAGCGAGAAACGUAUGGCUUUCUCUGAGACUGAGAGUACGAAAAUGAGGCGGAAUUACGUUUCAAUUGGAGCGGGUACAUCGCACAUGGCACGCUCGACUACAUUUCUUUGUUUUUUUACGUAUGCCCCCUUGUGCUUGCGUUUCUAGUGAAAUUGCCAGAUUUAUAACAGAAAAACUGCCCUGCUAUCUCGAAUAUACGUCAGAAGUAUUACUCUUCCUAUAACGUCAGAGCUGGAAACACUUCAAGAGAGUACUUUCAGUAUUAGUCGACAGCAAAUGGUUGGAAAUGUUGACACCAAUUACUUAAUAGGAAACAAAUUAAAGCAUAUCGCUCAAUCCUAUUUCUCUGCGGUAUGUUAAGUUUAGUGGGUAGAGGGUCGGUCCAGUCACCAGAAUGUGCGUUCAAAUGAUGUUUGAGAAACAACUCAACCGUUGUUAAAAUGGGUAUAGCCAUUUUUGCCUCUUUUCACAAGUGAAAUCGGAGAAAUCUAUCAGAACAUUUAUGUAAAUUUUUUAAAACUUAGACCCUUAGUGUCUUAAGUACUUUUGCCCUUUAAUUAAAGAAACUUUUGUCUUUGUAUUUAUUACAGCGUAUAACACUCGACGGUUAAUGCCCGAAAAAAUGAACGAAAUAAUCUUUAUUUAAUAUUCUGGAUAGCUUUAUAUCAUGCAGUCAGUGCUAAACUGUUCUCCUAGGGUCAUCCCGUAUUCAUCCGGUUUUACCCUCAGGAGGAAAACGGGGUAGUAGAGUCAAACGAGAAGUUUUCUUCUCGUAUUCAAAUGAGGCGAAAUUACAUUCAGUGCCAACAACACAACACAUUGUAGCAAUCAAACCUCGACGCCAACUUUGACCGAGGUUAAGUCGGGAAAUGUAUAUUGCGUUCCACAGACAAUCGUUGAAUAUUUUAUUUCUGUGGUUACUGAAUAUCUCGUCCGCCAUAGGUAAAUAGUUACUAUUUUCAGACAUAGGAAGCAUUCACCCACGCUAAUUCCCACGCCAUGAAGCAUUCGUAAAUGUAUUUUAUCCCACCCAGUUCAAGCCUGUAAGAUGAGUGCUUAAUUCCUGCCUUUUGACUUUGCCAAACGCUUUUCUGGUUUCCUUUUGUAGUAACACUGAACACCACUUGACUUUGAAAUUUAUAUUGCUAUCCAGUAUAAAUUAAUUCAGUUUAGUUUACGUUUAACAAUGAAUAAUAGAGAACAGGGAGAACAGUUUCAGACUGAUAGAGCUAUCCACAUUUUUUGGUGUAAAAUAGGUAAUUGGACAAGGCCCGUUUCAGACGUCGAACGUUUCAUGUGCCGAAUAUGGUAAAAAAACUGUUAGGUCGAAACGCGUACAGGGUUGCCUUUCCUACUCAUUUUCAAUCUCUCGCUCCUAUAUCCUCGCCUUUAUCGUGUCCCACAAAAUAUUUCACCUUUUUUAGUUCCUAUAAUCGUAGCUUCCAUAUAGUUUAAUACGUAAAUGUUCACCAUAGGAGUGGGAGUAAAUAUAACAACCAAGUUUAAAUACUGGUCCUCUAAUUUAAAUUAUUGUUCCUACAGUAGUUAGACGUUAUUGAGGAGGAGAAGUGCCAACAUGAACGCAUUGGAAAUGUAAUGCGACAUACCACAAAUGUCGAAAAUAAUCUUAUAUCCCCCAUGACCUAUCCGGUCUCACCCCAAUAAUUUGAUGACAUUUCCCGGCUUAUCAUAAUUUUAUCUUUACCAAAGUCCAAAGCGAUCUCGUGAUAGUAUUUAAUGAAAUAAUAUUACAUUCACGAUCACGAUUAGCCCUUGUUGAUAGAUUAGUAAUGAAAUUGUCAACGUUGGGUCAUUUCGAAACUCCGACUCAAAAUCUCGCAUUUUUUAGCUCGCUACUCUGGUUGAAUGUAAUACCCGAACGGCAAAUUAAAUUUACGACCCGACUUUCAACACUCCAGUCUAGUGUCUUCAUGCAGACGAGGUGUUAUCAGUUCAGACAUGUUUCAUUACUCUGGUCCGUUUAAGUAAAUGAAUGAAGUCCCCGAACAAAUUGCAAAUACACGAUCCAACGUUUCAAUACUCCAGUCUAGUGUCUUCAUACAAACCAGGUAUAAUAUCAGACAUGUUUCGUUACUCUGGUGUAAAUGAAUGUAAUCCCCAAACAAAUUUACACUCCAGUUUAGUGUCUUCGUCAGGGGUGAUACAAAGUCCCAAUAUCGCUUCUUUGAGUAGAGUUGACGGUAGUUAUCCAAUGAUGGCUCUGAGUACGAGGUUGGUAGUUAUCUACCACAAGAAUAUCUACACUUUGUUGGGCGAUGACGUUACCCUCGAUAAGGAAACACGUUGCGACUUUAUAACUGGUUGUUCGUGGGCGUAUGGGAGAGAAAAAGUUAGGGGAGGAGGCAGAACGAAAUUUGCCAUGCUUUGUUACAUUUACCCGACUAAUCCCAAAGUUUUCCCUCAGCUAAAAUUGUCGUUGACGGGGGCAGGGGAGUGGGGGGGAGUGGGGAUUUUCGGGCUUAAUUUGUUAUUUCUUCCCCCACAUAUCCGUCCAUACACUAUCCGCAUCCGCGUUUUAUCCCUACGCAUUAACAUUUAACAUCCAGCCGAUAAAUUCCACUGCCUCCGCUUGGGUUUGGUAUAUGUUGACAGACGAAUUGAAUGAACGCGCACAAGAACUUGUCCAUCAUCAUAUUAAAUUGAGCUACAAAAUAUCAACGCAAUAUGGCGGCGUCUCUAUUCUCGGCUUUCCAAUAAUUUCCUAUUUAAGGGUCAGUUGUGGGACCAGACUGGUGUGCGAUGUCCCAAUGGCUCCUCGCUUCACAGCAAUUGUGGGGGCAUCGAUUUUAUACUGUGUAAAAACAGACAGUCAUCACACCUUUGCCAUAUAUUUCUUUUGUUAUUUAUUCUUAGCAAGGGUGGUUACCAGAAUACCAAUAUACUCGAUAGUAUACUGACUCAAUAUACCAGCAUUCCUAAAUUCCAUUUCCAGACUAUGUCUGUCUGCCUGAGUACUAAAUUCUGGUUAAAUGUAAGAUACUUUAUACAGUACAUGUAUGUAUUCCAACCUAUUUUAACAAUAAAUACUGUAUACCAAAAGUAAAAUGGUGAAUGGUCUAAAUACCAAUAUAACUGAAACCCCUUACCGGUCCUGGAUAUUACUGAGUUUUAAUGAAUGAAUGUAGGGCUAACCAGAAUGUUGCAACUCUCAUCCCUAACUGUCAUCGACUGUCUUGCUCUCUCAUCCAAUUUCAAAAAUUUUGAGCCCGUUCAAAUUUUGAUGAAAUUAAUCCAGCUCUCAUGCAACUUUUGUUCUCGUUUGACCGAGGUAUUAAUAUCCCCUUAUAUUAGUCGAAAUGUCGAUAUUAAAUUGAAAAUUUAAUUAUUGAAAAUUUUCAAAACUAAACAAGCCCACCAACGUAGAAAUACCUAUUUAAUGCAACUAUGCGAAAUCAUUUUUUUAUGAGUUAUUCUAAAGAAAUUAAAUUCCGCGGAAAUUAGACUCACUCAACGUCAAAAUACGUUUUCAAACGUCCAACUUCACGAGACUUCACAUGAACCGACUUUUUUGCCAUUUGAGUCGACUUAUACUUGACCUAAACCUAAAUAUAACUUGAUUCAGGCGUCAAACUUAAUUAGCCGGUCGUCCGGUCCUAAUAAUUUUCGAAAACGAUAAACGAUGAUUACGAUCAGUAGUAGUCUCUAAAUGGCAUAUAAAUAUGGUUGGUUCAUGUGAAGUUUAAUAUUUGAAUUAUUUUAAUAAGAGUUUGAGACCGUCUGAAAUAUUCACGCUACGUUUGAAUCCAACUCGAUCCAAAGUCGUAGUUCCCGACAAGCGAUAUCGAACUUCAUUGACUCAUUCAGAGGUUGAUCUUACAUCGGUUUAUGGGAAGGUCGACUUUUGAACUAGGCGUGAAAGUACUUGACUAUAGACUUGACCCACUCUUGAUAUUGUUUCACACUAUCGACACUCUUCCUUCAUCACAUGAUUUGUAAAUUAGAUACGGAAAAGGCGGAAAAGUCCGGGGUUUUUUUCAAAAUAUGUUUGUCAUUUUUUCCAAUAUUUAACAAUUAUUCGCCGAAGGCGAGGUGAUUAUCGGGGAAUAUUCGCCGAGACGAAGUCGAGGUGAAUAUUCCCAGAUAAUCACCGAGCCUGAGCGGGCUGAGGUGAAUAAUUGUUUUAGUAUUUUUGUGUUUUUUUGGACUGAAUUUAUUUUAAUUUGGCUUAUUUCUUUAUCAGUAUAACGUCCACAAAACGGCCAGCCGCCAUUUUGAAAAUUUCGGUUUUGUUUAUUCACCUGUAGGUGAAUAUAACAGCUUAAUACGUCAAAUUUGACCAAUCAACGUGUGGGAUUUGUUAUGUUCACUUGUGCAAAAAUACUAAAAAUGCAGUACUGAAUGGUUAUAUUACUACCUUAAAAAAUAAGCAGAAGUAAAUUAAGUAAUAUAUAACCAUUUUCACAUUGGUACUACCAACACUGGUACAGACAGUUUUAGCAAAAAUACUAAUAUUGGUACAUUGCCAGUCUCGUACCCAGAGAAUGCCCGUUCGCCGGUUGGUCUGCGGCUGGACAUGAUGUGAUCAUAGACAUGAUACUGAACGUCUUAUAACAUGGACAUGAUGUCCAGCAACAGUUGCACAAUACGGCAAGAUAUGUUGAGUUUAAUUCCUCUCUGCGGUACCAAAUUAAAUUGCCGAACUUAGUUCUAGUUUAGUUUUAGUCUAAACCACUAAUUUAUUUUUAAUUUUAGUUAGUUCUGGUUUGAAACAAGAAUUUCAAUUCAGUUUUAGUUUAGUUCUAGUUAAAACAAUAAUUUCAAUUAAGUCUUAAAAAUACGAAAGCAUCUAAGGGAAGCCUCACAUAUCGAUAUUUUCCACGAGAAACGUCAUAUGUUCGUUUGGGGGUGGGGGGUUGACAGCUGUGACGUUUCUCUGUAAACAUCAUGGAAAAAAUCGAUAGUUUUUAUCUUUGCAGAGUAUAUAAAGGAAAACAAUUUGAUACAAACAGCAGUCUAUAUAUUCGUAAUACCAUACCUGUUCUUAGCCUGAGUGUCAGACGAAUAACGAAUUAUAUAUAACCUGUUCUAUACCUAUACAUUUAUAUUAUUACGCCUUUUUUGCAUUUGAAAACACUCAAAUUUCAAGAAAUACGCGCUAAAAUUAUCAAUAUUUCAUGCAAAAAAAGUUGUUUUGAGAAACGUCGGAAAUUUUGAAGUUCACAUAUAUAUUAAUAAAAAAAGAGUAUGUCAGCAGAAGAUGACAUAUUCCUCGCGGAAGCAUCGCCAAUAGCCGACCGAAAAAAUAGUAAAAAAUUACCUAAUGUGUACAGACAGUGUACUAUAAGAACAAAAUAUCGAUAACUAUGUGUGACGUUUCUAAGGGGGGUGGGGGGGGGGUCUCCAGAGAAACGAACAUAUGACGUUUCUCAUGGACAAAAUCGAUAUGUGAGGCUUCCCUAAGUAAUCAAGUUUUCCAACUAUUUUGUCGAUGUGGUUUAUAGUUUUAUCUCUAAAUUAGUAUUUAUCUCUAAAAUUAGUUUGGUUCUAGUUUAAUUUUAGUGGACUAAAUUAUUUUGGCAUGACUAAAAUGCGGUUUUAGUUCUAGUUGACUAAAACAACACCAGCGUGUGGAACGGACCUAUAUAAACUCGGUCCGUUUUAGUAUAAAUCAGUUCGGCGGAGUAAAAGUCUGUCAUUGUAUCAUUUCAGAAGUGUUUGUCAUCAAUGUCAACGCCUCGGAGACGAAGGUGAUCGAAGAAACUAUAACAUUCAACACCGACGACGGAAAAUCGUCGUCGAAAACCGGCAGCGACUCGGGAAUCGUAGAGGUUAAAUAUGUCCAUCGGAAACCGACACCGUCAACAAGACCACUUUCGGUAAUCGAUGUAAAAGGGGAAAAAACGCGAAAACAUCAUCGCCAUUUAAGGAAACGUUGUUGCAACGCGGGUGAGCUUGCUGGCAAACAUGGCCUGAGUUGUCUAAUCCCUCGAAAUUUCGGAAGAGCGUUUUUCAACUUGGUGACUCCGACACGACAAAAGUAUCAGGGUACUGUAAGCGACAGCGAACGAGGCAGAUUUCGAUCCAAGAUCAUUUACCGUAUUUACCAUCGCAUUAAAGUGUGCGUGAAACGGUCGAAGAAAAGCGUCGUGCAGAAAUGCUGCCUUGGCUACAAAAGCAAGGCGCGUCGUCGCCAGUGGGGAUAGAUGGUGGCAUUGAGGGGUAACCGGUGGUGGAAGGGGACAGUGCAGAGUAAUUGGUGGUGUUAAGAGAUAAAGAGAGACGUUUGGGGAUUUACGACACUGGUUAUCACCUGAAAACUUUGUGUACAUAUUUUAUACUGAGUAAUUAACUUUGGUUUAAAAGCACAUCAGUAAUUUGGCAUAAUUCUAUAGAUAUUUAAAUAUUAUUGUACACUAAGAUUUGUCAUCAGAUUUUUACCCAAUUUGGAGAUUGUUGUAUAUUGUUGUGUAUCAGUAAUCAGUUUCAUCAGUUGUAUUACUACACAACCACUGUAAAUCCUUUAUUAACCACCACCACCCCAGCCCUCCCCCCUCCCCUCAAAUAAGCCACACCCCAGGAAGAAAUUUAUGACUUCCCCUCUCUAUAAUCCCCCCCCGACACAAGAAAGUGACGCAUGUGUACUGAUUAGAGUUCAUUGAUUGAGCGCAAAGUUCACGCCCUUCCCCCAAACGUACUUGAAAUGAAUUGUCGGGUGGAUAUUAGAGGAUUUAUUGCAUAGUAUUAGAUAUUUAGAUUUGAACAUAAUUAUAAUCAUUGUAUAUAUUUCAGAUGUUCGUAGAUUUUUUUAAAAACACUUUAUUUGUAAUUCAAAGUUAUAAUCGUUGAUCAAUAAAUCGGUCGAUUGUUUGGCACAAUUAUAUAU